UAAUUUCUUUAUAUGAGAAUAUUUAAUUUAGGUGGAGUCUUGGGGUUAAUGAUGUAUUAUAAAGGGGUUUGGGGACUGUGAUUAGUAUUGAGGAGGUAUUGGGGUAGUGCUCACUAAACCAAGAGUUUUUGGGAAAUGGCUGUGGAACCAGAGAGCCUUCAAUGGUCUCUACCUGUUCCCAGUGUUCAAGAGCUAGCAAUCCAAGGGCUACAAACUGUGCCACCUAGAUACGUAAGAGAUGACACAGACAUCAUCAUCACCGCUCCCUCCAAUCCUUCACUUCUUGUGCCCUUGAUUGAUAUGACCAAGCUGGUCAACCCAGACUCCCAUGAGCAAGAGAUUCAAAGGCUUCACUCUGCAUGCAGAGAAUGGGGCCUGUUUCAGAUAAUAAACCAUGGAGUAUCUGAUGAAUCGCUAAGCAACAUGAAACAGCAAGUUCAAGGUUUUUUCGACCUUCCUUUGCAAGAGAAGAAACGAUGGGCACAAAAACCAGGAAGUCUUGAAGGUUAUGGCCAGGCAUUUGUAACUUCAGAGGAACAAAAGCUAGAGUGGAAUGACAUGAUCUUCCUCCGAAGUAUUCAUCCCCUUCAAAACAGAAAUUUGGAUUUCUGGCCAGAAAACCCUCCGGAAUUCAGGAAAGCAUUGGAGACUUAUUCUGAAGAAAUGAAUAGGGUUGCGGUUUCUAUUGUAAGGUUCAUAGCAAUGGGGCUUGGUCUAGAAGCUCAAGAGUACUCUGAAACUUACAGAGGAGGAAUGUGUGAUAUGAGGAUAAAUUGCUAUCCUCCUUGUCCUGAACCUGAGCGAGUUGUUGGGCUUUGUCCACACAUGGACAUCUCUGGGAUAACUCUCUUACUUGAGUGUGGAGACAUGCCAGGAUUGCAGGUUCUGAAAGAUGGGCAUUGGGUUGUUGUUGAACCCAUCAAUGGUGCUUUAGUUGCAAACCUUGGCCAUGCCAUGCAGAUAAUGAGCAAUGGCAUAUACAAAGCUCCGGAUCACAGAGCAAUGGCGAACAAAUCGAAGCAAAGGCUGUCAAUAGCUACCUUCUGCUAUCCCAACUCGUCGGCCGAUAUAGGGCCAGCUGAGAAGCUCAUCAAACCAGGAAGCCCACCUCUGUUCAAGACCCUUAAAUGUGAAGAGUAUUUUCACCACUUUUACAAUCGGAAACUUGAAGUUUCAUUCAUUGAUAGCUUGAAAAUUUAGUGCCUAAUGAUACAGGUCCUGUUCUUGUAUAAAACUGUUUCCUAUGAGGCAUUCGAUGGAUGCAAUAUGAAUUUGGAUUUUAUUUCCAAGGAACACAUUUAAAGUUUUGUGAGCAUAAACAUGAAAUUUUAGAGAAGGAAAAAAAACAAAUAAACCUGUUUGGUACCUAACUAUUUGUAAA